UAUUCUUUUGCAAUUAUGCAACUUUAUUCUUGUAAGAUAACUCUUGUAAAGUACAACUUUUUCCUGAGUUAAGAUAAGAAAACCUUUAUUUGUCUCACAAUGGAGAAAUUCCCAGUUAGAAAACUGUCCUCUACUGACAUCAUGUAGUCACACUACAGUACUUGGUUGGGCGAAUUUUGUUUUUCCUUUCAUUGCAGGGGUGGACAGUCCGUUCAAACAAUAUUUUGCUGAAUUGAAGUCAUGUAACACAAAUUCUGAGGUGACACUUGACAAAAAUGUUCACAAAUGCACAACUUUGGCCGUGAACUUUCGUCCCUCGCUACCUUUGUAUUUAUUGUCAUAUUUAUUUUUACCGCUACUUAUUUAUAGCCUCAUAGCAUUGCCACACUUUCUUAAAAAACACUAUUGUUACAUUUCACUUUGGAGGUGAGCAGACAGAAAAUGUAUUUUUCAUUGAAGUUAUAAAUACAGUAUGGGUAAUUGAGACGUGCGUAUCCAUAGGUUAACGCAUGAAAGCUACAUGUACUUGUUACUAGGCAGAAUUCAUGGUUUUGCCAAUGAAGAAAAAAAGAAAUUCACGGUUUCAGCAAAAAUGAUGGUGGCGGCAGGUACAGAACCCCUUUGUCCAUCUUUGCUUUAUUGAAGGAAGAAACCUUUUUUUUUUCUCCCCGACUUCAUUUUUUUUGUUGUCUUUUUUUUCCAAACAGCUCGAUUUUAUACUAUUUUUGCCCCACUCCUUUUUUGUUUGCAGUGAGCCUCACUGUGCGUGUGCGUCUGCGUGUGUGUGUGAGAGGUAAGGGUUUGGGGGGGAGGGGCGGGGGGGGGGGGGGGGGCUUUUAGUCUGUGUGUGCGUGUGUAUGCAAGAGUUUGUGUGCUCUGUGUGUGUUCUACUGUAUUGUGAUGCUCAGUGCUGGCGCUGCCAUCCCGUGGUUGACAAGAGACAAUUCAUCCUGCAUCAAUUUCAAGGCUUGGUCACGUGACAUUCUUUCUAUUAUGUGGACUGUUUUGUCGUAUUUGUAUCACUUUAUAGAUUGUAAGAGAGAAGAAGCAAAAGAGAUUAAAUGACGUCCCGUUAAUGGAAGGAAUAAAGUUGAGAUGUAAGUUAUGAGAGGUAUGUUUUUAUGUACAUUUGGAAUAAAUAUUUUGUACAGAGAGUCACCUUUUGGAUUGUUUGAAUUGUUUUCAAUUCUGUUCAGACAAUAAAAGACUAUUAUAUUUCAUGUUUGUGUGUGUGUGUGUGUGGCUUUUUGGGCUUCAGCGUGUCCAUUUGACAAAUCUCCAUUGUGAUAGGAUGCACGAUAAUUGAGAAGAAGCAAGACUGUGAAACACACAGGUUGAUGGCCAUUUUUGGUUGGAAGGUGAUGUUCUUAGUGGAUUUUCUCCAUUUCCAAGACGUAUGCCUGAAAAAAAUUAAUUCUUGGAAGAAUUUCAUAAAAGAUGAUGAGCAUGUCUCCGACUCUGUUUGUGGUCAGAGGAUGUCAUUGUCCAGACUGCUCUAAAGCCUGGAAAAAAAAAUGUUUGUGUCACCAGCACUGUGGGAACUUCUCUCCAGUUCAGUGUCAAGUCAGAUGACAAGCGGCCUCGUGAUUCUUUGUUUCGGGGAAACGCGGAGCCUGCUUAGCUCAUUAGCUACAGGAAUCUGCUUGACGUCGGGGAGGAAAGCAUUAUGAAACUAACUACAGUAUACAUUUCUUAGAAUAGGAAUGCAAAGCAGACACGUGUAAUGGAUCACACAGCUGCCUUUGGAACUUUGUCAAUAUUGAGCGAGUUAGAAAUAUUAGAUACUGUAUCAACCAAGGUACAAUACUGCAAAUACUGUCUGGUCAAUGAGGAUACUGGAAAUUAUCAUGGCACCAAGUUUGCUUGCACUGAGCUAUCGUGUCUGAACAGACACCCCAAAAAUCAUUUAUGUGAGACCUAAUUUGCUCUCUAUGAGCUAACCUGGGUCUUGAGGGGAGCAUUAACACCAAUAGCAUUGUUGUUCAUUUCCUCAUUAUGAACAAGUACAUAUCAUUUGUGGUAGCUCAUUUUCUUCUUGAGCUUAGAGGGCAUCAACAUGCAAGAAAACGUUAGCAUGGUCGCUACUUUGCUGGCUAUAUGACUCAGCGUGUUGUUUAUGAGUGUAAACAGUGAAAAAAAAUCAAUCAGGAAGUCAGAGAUGAUGUGAUGGCAGUCUCCCUCCUGACCUCCUUUCACGGCUUCUGACAUUUUAUGGAUCAGAGACAAUCCAUUGGCCGUGCUACUGUUGUGCAGUCCAACCGAGGAGGUGGUGGAGUGGGACGCUUUACAAUGGGAGCGUCGGCGUCUUUCUACAUGUCCUGGUGUGUGUGCAUCAACGUGGGCCUCCUGUGCGUGGUCAUGGUUGUCUUCUGGAACUGGCGCUGGCGCGGAGGGUUUGCGUGGGAUGGAAGUGAGGCCCAGUUCAGCUGGCAUCCCGUCCUCAUGAUCAGCGGACUGCUGGUCCUUUAUGGCUUCGCUGCCGUCCUGUUCCGUGUGCCUUGGGGGUGGUCUCAGAAGAAGAUCGCAUGGAAGCUGGUCCACGCAGGACUGAUGCUGGCCGCUUUGGUGCUUGCCACCGUCGGCCUGUACGCCGUCUUUAACGUGCACAGCACCCUGAACAUCCCCUCAAUGUACUCCUUGCACAGCUGGGUGGGAAUGAGCGCCGUGGUAACGUUUGCGUGGCAGUGGUUCCUGGGACUGGUUGGCUUUUUGCUGCCAUGUUCUGCGCAGCGGUUAAGUCACUACCUGAAGGGGAUUCACGUGUGGACGGGACAAGCGGUACUGCUGCUCAGUCUGGCCGCCUGCAUCAGUGGAAUCAACGAGCAGCUUUUCUUUGCACUCGACGGCGUGUCAGCAAACGCUUACAGCUCACUGCCUGCGGAGGCGCUGUUCGCCAAUAUGCUGGGUAUCCUGAUUGUGGCAUUCAGCUCUCUCGUGUUCGGGAUUCUGUCCAAAGCCGACUGGCGACGUCCCAACGCCAACACCAACGACGAAGCCGCACCGAUUUUGCUGAGAGAGGAAGCCACUUAAGGACCACAACAAAACAAUGUGUCAGAAAACAUUAAAAUUUAAAAUAC